UACAUUUGAGGUACGGCCCAAUAGCAGUCUCUAUGGUGGGGGAGGCGGGGCCAGAUCUACAACGCCAAUGAGCCCCGGCCCUGGCGGCCGGAAAGAUGGCGAUCCUGGCACCUCUAAUUGCUCUGGUGUAUUCUGUGCCGCGACUUUCACGAUGGCUGGCUCAACCUUACUACCUUCUGUCGGCCCUGCUCUCUGCUGCCUUCCUACUCGUGAGGAAACUGCCGCCGCUCUGCAACGGUCUGCCCACCCAACGCGAAGACGGCAACCCGUGUGACUUUGACUGGAGUUUGACUCUUUUUGGCAACAAUAAAAUGGUGCCCAACGUGUGUCUCAGAGAAGACUCAGGACCCCCUAAGGAGUUGUCUGAAACCAGAGCUACGGUACAAGCAGGGGCCGCUGGACAAGAAGGUUCUAGAAGGAGUGCACAGCCCAGCUUGACCUGUGGCAUCUCUGUGUUUGUUUCAGUUACCGUGGAGCAACAUAUAGGCAACAUUUUCAUGUUUAGUAAAGUGGCCAACGCAAUUCUUUUCUUCCGCUUGGAUAUUCGCAUGGGCCUGCUUUACAUCACACUCUGCAUAGUGUUCCUGAUGACGUGCAAACCCCCCCUAUAUAUGGGCCCUGAGAAUAUCAAGUACUUCAAUGAUAAAACCAUUGAUGAGGAACUAGAACGGGACAAGAGGGUCACUUGGAUCGUGGAGUUCUUUGCCAAUUGGUCUAAUGACUGCCAAUCAUUUGCUCCUAUCUAUGCUGACCUGUCCCUCAAGUACAACUGUACAGGGCUAAACUUUGGGAAGGUGGAUGUUGGACGCUAUGCUGAUGUCAGUACACGGUACAAAGUGAGCACAUCACCCCUCACCAAACAACUUCCUACACUGAUCCUGUUCCAAGGUGGCAAGGAAGUAAUGCGGCGCCCACAGAUUGACAAGAAAGGACGAGCUGUCUCAUGGACCUUCUCGGAGGAGAAUGUGAUCCGAGAAUUUAACUUAAAUGAGCUAUACCAGCGGGCCAAGAAGCUAUCAAAGGCUGGAGACAAUAUCCCCGAGGAGCAGCCUGUGGCCCCAAGCCCCACCAGCGUGUCAGACGGGGAAAGCAAGAAGGACAAAUAAGAUCCUUACCUUGGCAGUGCUUCCUGUCAAUUCCAGGCUCCUUCCAUAACCACAAGCCUGAGGCUACAGCCUUUUAUUUAUGUUUUCCGUUUGGCUGUGACUGGGUGGGGCAGGGUGCUGCUUCUGAUUUUUAAAGAGGCAUCUAGGGAAUUGUCAGGCACCCUACAAGAAAGCCUGCCAUGCUGUGGGCCAACUGUUUCACUGGAGCAGAAAGAGAUCUCAUGGUAGAGGAGAAAAUGGCUUCCCUCCAAGCUUGGGCCAGUGUGUUAACUUUUAUCAACGAUUCAGACAUCUCCAUGGUUUCUCCCUGAAACUGGUUUCAUUAUUCCAUUUUAGCCUACCUGCACAGCUUAGUUAGACCUAGAUUCAACCCUAAGGUAAGAUGCUGGGGUAUAGAACACUAAGAGUUUUCCCUCAAGGACCCUGGCUUGUUUAUGGCCUUCAUUAAAAGUAUAAGCCUAACUUUGUCACUAGUCCUAAGGGGAAACCGUUAACCACAAGUUUUUAAUCAUUGAAGACAAUAUUGAACAUCCCCUUAUUUUGUGGGGAUUGAGAAAGGGUGAAUAGAGGCUUGAGACGUUCCUUUGUGGGAUAGGACUUGGAGGAGAAAUCCACUGGACUUUAACCACUCUGACCAACUCCCCACACCCAGUUGAUGGUUUUCCAUAAUAAAAAGAUUGGGAUUUCCUUUUGA